UUUUAAUGGUUUGACAACGUAUAUAGCGCCAUAUACAGGUCUGGUAUUUAAAGAUGUCUGAUGAUCCGCAAUUAGACCUUUUGAACCACAAGCUGCAACUUCAGCAGGUCGAAGCAGCUCUCGAGCUAGAUCCAGAAAACGGGGAACUUCUCCAGCUCAAACGAGAUCUCGAGGAAGUCAUCAAACUCUCACUUGAAUUAUUGGGCAGAACAUCUGAUACACCAGAAGUAUCGUGGAAUGUUGGCGAUCAGUGCAUGGCUAUGUGCUCCCGUGAUAAACUUUACUACCGAGCUACAAUACUUGAAUUUCUUGGGGAUGUAAGCUGCGUCGUUAAUUUCGAUAUGUACGAUACAACGGACGUAUGCCAGCUGUGUCACUUAAAGCCGGUCACGACAGUUACUCCUAUUGUGAAAAAGAAAAAACAUGACACGAAAUCUCGUGCUAUAGAAAAGAAGAAGAUUAAAAAACAACGUCUUCUUCAAAAGGAAGUAGAGAUUGAGUCGUUUUGCGAAAAGGAGAAAAACCGUUGGCUUAAUUUCAGCAAGAAAAUGAUCAAAACUGGGAAGACAAAGAAAAGUAUCUUCGCCUCUCCUGAAGCCCUGGACGGUCGUGUGGGUGUUGGGACGUGUGGUAUAGGUGGCAAGCCAAUGACCAAGUUUACCGUGUUAAAUAACAGCAGCAAAAAACAGUAAAUAUUUUUCUUGCCUUGUACAUAUUGUAAAUAUACUUUCAAAACUUUUUUGGUCUAUUAAAUAGUGCCCAGUU